CCGCUGUUUCUAGAGUCUGGGGAGGUGUCUGUUGGCUUUGCUCACCAGGCACAGGAUUGGGUCUUUCUCCUCCCAGCCCCUCGUCCUGCCGGUGUGGUUCAGCACAGUCCCACCUGGGGUUAAAUGGGUGGUGCCCGCGUUACUGUGACCGCGUGGCCCUGCAGCAAAGCACGUUAGGGCUCCUUUCACAGUUGGUUUCUCUUGAGUUAAUAACUGCCCUCCUCCCUUCAUUUGUUUGAUUUAUAUUUAACCUUAAUUGAACUCUGAGCUUUCGGACAGAACCGUAAAACUCCUCUCAGCGGGGGCAAGUCCCAGGUUGGUGGCUCUUUUCUGAAUCCGUGGCCACGUCCCUCUGGGGCCUUCCCUCCCCGGCUCCUGUUUGGACCGGGUCUCCUGCAGGCCUGGCGCUUCGCUCUUGACCGGGAACUGCCUCCCGCCUCCUCCCGAGUUUCUCAGACCGUCUCUUUUUCUCUGGGUUACUUCUCCACUUGGCGAAGCCUCCUGAGAAAGGCAUGAAGGAAAAAGGGCUUUUCACCUGGCGUGUCUGGAACUGCCUUUCCCGCCCACGCUCUCGAUUGGUGGUAGCUGGACUGCGAGGAUGUCAGGCUGGAAAUAAUUUUCCCCUGGAAUUUUGAUGGCACCAUUCUUUGUCUUAAAUUUCUACCAUUGCCGUUGAGAAGUCCAUGUACGAAGGAUCCCGAUUCUUGCCCACAACGCUCCCUCAGGGCACCAUCAACAUGAACCAGUGCUCGGACGUGGUGGACGGGGAGGCCCGGACCGGCCAGAAGUUCUCCCUGUGCAUUCUGACUCCCGAGAAGGACCACUUCAUCCGGGCAGAGACCAAGGAGAUCAUCAGCGGGUGGCUGGAGAUGCUUGCAGUCUACCCCAGGACCAACAAGCAGAACCAGAAGAAGAAGCGCAAGGUGGAGCCCCCGACGCCACAGGAGCCAGGCCCGGCCAAGGUGGCUGUCACCAGCAGCAGCAGCAGCAUCCCCAGUGCUGAGAAGGUCCCCCCGACCAAGUCUACACUCUGGCAGGAAGAAAUGCGGGCCAAGGACCAGUCAGAUGGGAGCAGCCUGAGUCCGGCCCAGAGUCCAAGCCAGAGCCAGCCUCCUGCCGCCAGCACCCUGCGGGAGCCAGGGCUGGAGAGCAGAGACGAGGAGAGCGCCACGAGCAGCGACCGCGUGGACGGCGGCCGCAAAGUCCGGGUGGAGAGCGGCUACUUCUCCCUGGAGAAGACCAAGCAGGACGUGAAGGCCGAGGAGCAGCAGCUGCCGCCGCCGCUCUCCCCUCCCAGCCCCAGCGCCCCCAACACCAGGUACAGUGGCCCCGGACCGCCCUCCCCGGAGCCGGGUCGUCCCCUUCCUCCGCCAGGUCCACAGCACCCGGGCCGAGGGGUCUGCAGCAGCUCCUCCCUGGACGCGGCCCGCCGGCCCCAGGCCCACGUGGACUCCGGCAGCACCGGCAGGCGGGGAGCAGAGAGACUGGGGCCCGCCUCCGCCUUCAAAGCCGGCAGGCAGUAUGCCACCCUGGCCGACGUCCCCAAGGCCAUCAGGAUCAGCCACCGAGAAGCCUUCCAGGUGGAGAGAAGGCGGCUGGAGCGUAGGACACGGGCCCGGAGCCCUGGCAGGGAGGAGGUGGCCCGUCUGUUUGGCACCGAGCGGAGGCGGUCUCAGGUCAUUGAGAAGUUUGAGGCCUUGGACAUCGAGAAGGCGGAGCACAUGGAGACCAACGCGUCGGCUGGGCCCUCGCCAUCGAGCGACACGCGCCAGGGCCGCAGCGAGAAGAGGGCGUUUCCCAGGAAGCGGGACCUCCCCAGCGACGCGCCUCUCCCGGACACCUCGGCCUCCCCCCUGUCUCCACACCGAAGAGCCAAGUCACUGGACAGGAGGUCCACGGAGUCCUCCCUGACGCCCGACCUGCUGAAUUUCAAGAAAGGCUGGCUGACCAAGCAGUACGAGGAUGGCCAGUGGAAGAAGCACUGGUUUGUCCUUGCUGAUCAAAGCCUGAGGUUCUACAGGGACUCGGUGGCUGAGGAGGCCGCGGACCUGGACGGGGAAAUUGACUUGUCCACGUGUUGCGACGUCACAGAGUAUCCCGUGCAGAGAAACUACGGCUUUCAGAUACACACCAAGGAGGGCGCCUUCACCCUGUCUGCCAUGACGUCUGGCAUCCGGCGGAACUGGAUCCAGACCAUCGUGAAGCACGUCCACCCGACCUCCGCCCCGGACGUGACGAGCUCGUUGCCACAGGAAAAGAAGCGGAGCAGCUCCCCCUUGGAGACCUGCCCGAGGCCGCGGGAGACGCAGGACGGGGAGCCCAGGGAGCCAGACCCGGAGCAGAAGAGGAGCCGGGCUCGGGAGCGCCGGCGGGAGGGCCGCUCCAAGACCUUUGACUGGGCCGAGUUCCGCCCCAUCCAGCAGGCCCUGGCCCAGGAGAGGGCUGGCGGCGCCCCGGGGCCCCCCGACGCCCACCCCGAGGCAGAGCCCGGCGAGCUGGAGCGGGAGCGUGCACGGCGGCGGGAGGAGCGCCGAAAGCGCGCCGAGGGGCUGGGCGCCGACGACGCAGCCCUGCGCAUGGAGGUCGACCGGGGCCCGGGGCCGCCGGUGACCACCGCGCUCCGGACACAGAAUGUGCACGUGGAGAUCGAGCAGCGCUGGCAUCAGGUGGAGACCACGCCCCUCCGGGAGGAGAAGCAGGUGCCCAUCGCCCCCCUGCACCUGUCCUCUGAGGACGGGGGUGACCGGCUUUCCACCCACGAGCUGACCUCUCUGCUGGAGAAGGAGUUGGAGCAGAGCCAGAAGGAGGCCUCGGACCUUCUGGAGCAGAACCGGCUGCUGCAGGACCAGCUGAGGGUGGCUCUGGGCCGGGAGCAGAGCGCCCGGGAGGGCUAUGUGCUGCAGACUGAAGUGGCCACCUCCCCAUCCGGUGCCUGGCAGAGGCUCCACAGAGUCAACCAGGACCUGCACAGUGAGCUGGAGGCCCAGUGCCAGCGCCAGGAGCUCAUCACGCAGCAGAUCCAGGCCCUGAAGCGAAGCUACGGGGAGGCCAAGGACGCGAUCCGGCACCACGAGGCCGAGAUCCGGAGCCUCCAGGCGAGGCUCAGCACCGCCGCCGCCGAGCUCGCCAUCAAGGAGCAGGCGCUGGCGAAGCUCAAGGGUGAGCUGAAGCUGGAGAGAGACAAGGUCCGCGAGCAGCUGGAGGAGCGGCAGCAGAGCGAGGCCGCGCUCAGCGCCCAGCUGCAGGCCAGCGAGCAGAAGCUCCAGAGCGCCGAGGCCCUGCUGCUGGGGAGGACGCAGGAGCUGCGGGACCUGGAGAGGCAGCAGGCACUGCAGCGGGACAGGCAGAAGGAGGUGCAGCGGCUGCAGGAGCGCAUCGCCGACCUCAGCCAGCAGCUCGGCGCCAGCGAGCAGGCCCAGAGGCUCAUGGAGGAGAAGCUGCAGCGCAACUACGAGCUGCUGCUGGGGAGCUGCGAGAGGGAGAAGCAGGAGCUGCUGCAGAGCCUGAAGGAGGCGGAGGACAGGGCCAGCGCCUUCGAGGACCGGCUCCAGGACCACGAGCAGCAGCUGGAGGUCCUCCAGAGGGAGAAGCUGAGCGCCAAGUCCGAGGGCAGCGAGGCUGUGCACCGGCUGGAGGAGCAGCUGGAGAUGAAGGAGGCCAGCAUCCAGAAGCUGGCGGAGCACGUGCAGAGCCUCCGGGAGGAGCGGGACCUGGUCCGGCAGCGCUUCCAGGAGCUGCUGGGCCGCAUGGCCCUGUCCGACGGGGAUGUGGCCGCGCUGCAGGAGCAGCUGAGGGGGCGGGAGGCCGACUAUCGGAGCCUGGAGCACUCCUACAGGAGCGUGGCCGGCCAGCUCCAGGGCGCGCACACCCGGCUGCAGGAGAAGGAGGAGGAGCUGCGGCGCAUCCGGGACGCACACGAGCAGGCCCUGGAGAGGAAGGAGCAGGACCUCAGGGAGGCGCUGGUGAACACGGCGGCCCUGGGGAGCGGCUUCGAGGACGCAGACGCGAAGCUCCGGUCCAAAGACGAGGCUUUCAGGGAGCCCGACGAGGACUCGGGGGAGCCGCAGGGCCCUGUGGAAGGAGCAGAGGUGGCCGGCGGCAGGCGCGCCAAGCUGGAGCACGAGGCCCCAGGGGAGGAGCUCGGGGACCGCGGCCCCAGUGGGGAAGAGAGCGCUGCGGCCCCGCGGCCGGACGGCUCUGACAGGGAGGGCCACCCGCCGAGCCCCUCGAAACCCAACCUGGGAGCACCCGGUGUGAAAAGGCAAAGGAUCCGCUUCUCCACGAUCCAGUGCCAGAAAUACAGCCACCCUGACGGGUCCGAGAGGACCUGGACCAGCAGCACGUCUUCUGACACCAGUCAGGACCGGUCGCCCUCGGAGGAAAGCGUGUCGUCAGAGCCCCCCCCAGCUCCCUCCCCACCACCAGCGACGCCGACGCCUACCUGUCCAUCAUCCACUCCCUGGAGACCAAGCUCUAUGUCACCGAGGAGAAGCUCAAAGACGUGACAGUGAAGCUGGAGAGCCAGCAGGGCCAGAGCCAGGAGGCCCUGCUCGCGCUGCACCAGCAGUGGGCCGGCACCGAGGCGCGGCUCCGCGACCAGCUCCGCGCCAGCCUGCGCCAGGUCGCGGCUCUGGCCUCCCAGCUGGAGCAGGAGAGACAGGCUCGGGCAGAGGUCGUCCAGAAGCACGUCGGGGAGCUUGGUAACUUCCAGGUGAAAAACAGUCAGGCCCUGGCUUGCUUAGAAAGCUGCCGCGAACAGCUGCGGUCCCUGCCGGGGGCCGGCCCAGAAGACGCUCGGGAGGCCCAGGCGGGGCCCCUGGCCA